AUGUGCCUGCGUCGGACCGGUAGGAUGAAAAGGGUGGAACCACACGGUUCCAACUGGAUUUACGCAUGGACCUUACCACAACACAUUUCUCAGUCCAGAUUUGGCGGAAGGAGGAAGCCAUCAAGUGCAUGUACUAUCAUAGCGCUAACGCAUUUGCUUACAAACAGUAACGAGGUCAAUGGUAGCCUAAUUCCAACUCUUCCUGGAGUAAUCUACAUAAGGCGUGUAUCAGAUCACCAAUACCAAUGGACAAAGAGACCUCAGCUACGGAAAUUUUCAAAGCAUGCGUACUAA